CUCGAUGUCCUUACCCACCACCACCACCGAUGUCGUGCUCGUCGACACAAUCCAGCUUACGGCAAACAUUGGCCCAGAUUGCUGGGGACGCCUGCGCGAACAGCCCGUCUCAAUCACCGUCCACCUCCAUCUUAAACCCUCCUUCCUUAACAUAUCCGCCCAUUCCGACAACGUCGUAGACUCCAUCCACUAUGGCCAUCUCACCAAAGCAAUCUCAGCGCUCUCGCCAUCUUAUGCGGAUGUUCGUGCACUUGUGCAUGAGGUCACUCAGAAAGCAUUCGUUCUGGCUGGAGUGAACGUGGACGCCGUGCGCGUCGUCAUCGGCCUUCCGAAGCAGAUUUUACUUGCGAACGACUUUGAAGUUGAGGUGAUUACACCCAGGGGCAAAGACGAUUUACAGCAGGCUGCAAGGGUGUCUGUCAAAGACCUUAUCAUUCCCGUGCUGAUUGGCGUCAAUCCCCCAGAGCGCCUUGCAAAGCAGAGGGUAAUCACAAAUAUCACAUUCUACGAGAAAUCUGGUAUGCGCCAAGUGGACUACCCAGCAAUCAUCAAACAGAUAUCAAAUGAAAUCGAAAAUACUGCAUACCUCACGCUCGAGAAAUUUGUUCUGCACAUCGUUCGCAGCUCAUGUCUUGCAUCUGACGCCAUUGAAGCUGUGACAACACGAUCACAGAAGCCCAGUGCACUGUCUUUUGCUCACUCUUCUGGUGUUGAGAUGACUCGGUACCGCGAUGCGUUCCAAUGAUUGCGAUAAGACCGUGUAGGAAAU